GAGGACUCGCGGGCUCUUUCUUCAGCAGACAUUUCCCCGGGUUUAUUCGGGGCUUCACGGAACACUUCCUCUAGGAGGGACGCCUCACACGGCUGGGGAAGAUGUCUGUGGCCGGGCUGAAGAAGCAGUUCCACAAAGUCAGUCAGCUGCUCAGUGAGAAGAUCAGCGGGGCGGAGGGAACCAAGCUGCACCAGGACUUUGUGGAGAUGGAGAGGAAAAUAGAUGUGACCAACAAGUCCAUGUUUGACCUCUUGUCCAAAACAACAGAAUACCUGCAGCCUAACCCAGCGUCUCGAGCCAAACUGAACAUGCUGAACACCAUGUCUAAGAUCCGAGGGCAGGUGAAGAACACCGGGUACCCCCAGUCUGAGGGGCUGCUGGGAGACUGCAUGCUGCGCCACGGACAGGAUCUGGGAGAGGACUCCAUCUUUGGCUGCGCUCUGACCGAUAUGGGGGAGGCCAUGAGGCAGAUGGCCGAUGUGAAGGACUCCCUGGACAUAAGUGUCAAACAAAACUUUAUUGACCCCCUGCAGCAUCUACAGGACAAGGACCUGAAAGAGAUCACGCACCACCUGAAGAAGCUGGAGGGCCGCCGGUUAGACUUCGACUAUAAGAAGAAGCAUCAGGGGAAGAUCCCAGACGAGGAGAUCCGGCAGGCGGUGGAGAAGUUCGACGAGAGCAGAGAGCUGGCCGAAAGGAGCAUGUUCCACUUCCUGGAGAACGACGUGGAGCAGGUCAGUCAGCUGGCAGCUCUGAUGGAGGCGGCCCUGCAGUACCACAGGCGGUCGGAGGAGACCCUGCAGCAGCUCAGAGUGAGGCUGCAGGAGAGAAUAUCCACAGCCAGCAGCCGCAGCAGGAGGGAGUUCAGGUGUAGGUCGAUGAGGAGCAGCGUGGGGGUCAGCAGUCAGCAGGGCGGCCUGAAACCCACCGCUGACAUCACCUCUGUUCCACUGUCAUGGCCUGAGACCCCCACUACCAAUGGCUUUAUUCCCCAGUCGGAGCUGCUGGACCAGCCGUGCUGCCGCUCUCUCUACAGCUUUGAGCCGGAGAACCAGGGGGAGCUGGGCUUCAAGGAGGGCGACAUCAUCAUCCUCACCAACCAGAUAGACGAGAACUGGUAUGAGGGCAUGAUCCACGGCGAGUCAGGUUUUUUCCCCAUCAGCUACGUGGAGGUCCUUGUCCCCCUGCCUCAGUGAGGGCCCCCGUCCUCAGACUCAUACUAUCACAGCGGCCUCGGCCCUCAACAGGACUCGGGCCGAAGGAAACAGGACCAGCUCAACCAGAGCUGAAAAGAAGGGGUAGCAGUUUUAUCCCAACAUUGUGUUCUCUGUUUAUAUUUAUGAACCUGAAGUCAACUGAACCCUAAGACAUGAGCAGGACACGGCCUGGGUUUUGAUCUGACCGAGAGGUCUAGCAUCCUAUCAGUCCUCUCUGAUGACGCUGCUUCCCGUUGGUGCUGAUCAGAGUUUAUGUCGUGGCUGUGUGCCUCUCCUCUGCUGGAUCUCUCCUCUAGUUAAUGGUUGAGAUCGGUAACACGGUGACGGUGCUAAAAGAAGUCAGACGGGUCCCGAAACCAUUCACUUUGAAUGGGGUGACGUCACGCUUUGCUGAACUGCAUUGUGGUUCCGUCGCAUCGCUUUGCCUCCGUUGCUCGCUUCGAACGUUGAGAAAAGUUCAACUUUUCAAGCGUCGACGGAAGCGCCAGCCAAUCAAAUCAUAUGCCAGUACAAGCUCUAGCCAAUCAAACCGCGUGCUUGUGUGUCCGGGGCGGGAGAUUAAUGUGAUUGGUUGUUGGUCGCACGCCAGACACGCCCACCGGCAAGCUUCAACGCGACGCUGCCGUGUGGCCGUACCGUAAGACGGCUGAUGGGGCUUCACUAACCAAUAUGGGUCAUUCAGCCCAGAGUAGAAUACCUGCAUGUGUGAGGUGUGGCCUGUGGUGAUGAACCCAGAGAGUCAUCACCAAUCAUCCUCUGCAGUUCCCCUCUGCUCUAUAUAUAGAUAGAUACUUCAUUCCUUCUGGGGGGGGGCAUGUUUGCAUGUCACAGCAGCAGUACAUCUACCACAGGGUACACAUCUUAUUGCGAAGCUAUUCAGCAUUAAACGUCUUUCAGUUUUGCGAUUGUAGUAAUGUGUUAUUUAUUAUUUGCAUGUACAGCUCUUUGGCUCGACCAAAAAUCGUUUUAAA